CUCAGCCUGUUAUCAUCUUCUUCUUUCUUCCUCUUCGUCUGUGUCUCUGCUGUCUGUAAAAUCUCUGUAGAAUCUGAGUCGUCUUCGUGUUUUUCUCUUCGUUCUUAACCCCCAGAUAUCAUACCCAUUUCACUGAAAUCUUGAAAAACCCCAUUUGACUUUGAGAGUCCCAUGAUUCACCAUUCUCAAAUGCUUCCUCAGACCCAAUCCCUCACAACCCACUUGUGGCCUUCACUCCCUCUCUCAAAACCCACCACUAUAACCCAUUUCAGUCCUCCAAAAGCAACCCCAUUUCGCAAAUCUUUGUUUCAGACACUGAAAUGCUCGGUUUCUGUGGCUUCAGAGCCUGCCCACUUGGAAUUGGUGAGAAAUAAGCCGUUUCCAGCUGAGGUUUCCAGGACCAUUAUGGAAUUGUCUUCUGUUGCCACGCUUUCUGCCUUAACCCAAGAUGGUUGGCCUCUGGGUGUGGGUGUUCGCUUUGCAGUUGACCCACAAGGGACUCCCAUCGUGUGCUUGAAUGCAUCACAUAGCCACUUCUCCAUUGACAGGAGGUCUAGUCUCCAUGUCCAGUUAGAGCAGUGUGGAUUACGAACACCACAGUGUACUAUUCAAGGUAGCCUUGACAAACCAGAAGACAGAAUGGCUUUGAAGAAACUUCAUUCAAUAUGGGAAAGGAGGUUUGGAGAAGAAGUGGAUGAAAACCUUCUACAUGUUGUUUCCGUGGAGCGGGUACUCCAAAUGGAAGAUUUCCAGGAGGUAGGCACAUGGGUCACUUCAUCAGAUUAUAAAACUGCAAACCCUGAUCCACUUCGAGACUGUGCAGAGAAGUUUGUGGAUGAGAUAAACACCAACAACAUGGAAGAUGUUCAUCGGUUUUGCAACAUUUAUGUUGAUUUGGAUUUCCAGGCAUCGGAGGCAAAGCUGAUAUGGGUUGAUCGGUUAGGCUUUGACAUGCGUAUUUCCUCUCCUCAGCAAGAUGUAUUUGAGGUUCGAAUUCCUUUCCCUAGAGAAGUGACCGAUGAGAAGGGUGCAAAGUCAUCAUUCAAUAGUAUGUCUCAACUUGCUUGGGAGGUGGAGAAGAACUACAACGCACCAGAUUUUAAGAAGGUGAAACAACUGAAGCAAAUCGCAUACAGAGGACAGUAAGUGACAAUUGCAUUUUCCUUUAUUCUUUGAUGCUAGAGGCCAGUCUGUUGCUUUCUUUCUCCUGUUGUGCUUAUAACAAAUAUGUGCCCGGAUUAUGUUGAGUAAUUCAACUAUAAGGAAUAAUCUAAGUAAAAGAAAUAUUACUUAGGUG